AGGCUUAUAAAGCCCAAAGUGAAAAACGAAAUUUAAAUUUCCAUUCUUCAUCUAAUGAGGAAUAUAAUGUGCCAUUCACUAGAAUUGAAUUACACACAGCGAUCUCUCGCUUGGAGAAUAGUGCUGUAGGUCUGAAUAAAAUCCACUACAGCAUGAUUAAAAAUCUGUCAAACAAUUCCCUUUCUAAUCUCCUGUGUCUGUUUAACAGAAUAUGGACAGAACAUACUUUUCUUGACUCUUGGAGGCUAUCUAUCAUUAUUUUCAUUCCCAAGCCAGGUAAAGACCACAAAAAUCUUUUUACCGACCAAUCUCUCUGACAAGUUGCCUGUGUAAACUCUUUGAGAGGAUGGUAAACAGACGCCUAAUAUUUUUCUUAGAGGAAAAGAACUACUACUUAACCACAUGAGAGUGGAUUUUGUGGGAACAGAAGCACCACGGACAAUUUGGUUAACCUUGAAACAUUUAUACGCGAAGCAUUUGUUAGACUAGAGCACUUAGUGUGUGUGUUUUUUGACAUAGAGAAGGCCUAUGAUUGCUGUUUGCAAUACGGGAUACUCUGUGAUAUGUACCAAUUUGGAUUACGAGGUAACUUGCCAGUAUUUAUAAAGAACUUUUUCCAGAAUUGAAGAUUUCAUGUCAGGAUGGGCAACACAUUAUCUAGGCCUUUCACACACGAAGGAGGUGUUCCUCAAGGGUCUAUUUAGAGUGGACUUUGUUCCUAAUCAAAAUCAACAGUAUAGCUAACUGUCUUCCUUUCAAUGUGAAACACUCUCUGUACAUGUAUGACUUUUAGAUCUGCUGCCAAUCUAGUAACAUGAGUUUCAUUGAGAGACAACUGCAAACCUCCCUAAAUCGCAUAUACGAUUGGUCCAAGACCAAUGGCUUUACAUUUAACGCAACGAAGAUCUCAUGCAUCCACUUUUGCUGAAGGCAUGGACUGCACAUGGAUCCUAAAAUUUAUUUAAAUGGGGGAUAAAAUUCCAAUGGUGAAUGAGGCUAAGUUUUUGGGUGUUACUUUCGACCAAAAACUGACAUUCUUGCCACACUUGCGCAACCUGAAGAGUAGAUGUUUAAAAUUUCUGAAACUUCUGAAGGUAUUAGGCUGCUCAUCCUGGAGAGCAGACAAAUGUUCUGUGCUCAGGAUUUAUAGGGCCUUUGUUUGCUCUAAGCUGGAUUAUGGCUGCAUUGUUUAUGGCUCAGCCUUUGUCUGCCAGGAUGAAAUUGUGGCAGAGCAAAUUUCAUCGAAUUCAUCUAUUUUUACUGCAGAGCUGCAUGCUAUCCACUUAGCCUUAAACUAUGUAAUCAGAAAAGGUCAUUGUCGCUGUGUUAUUUACACUGACUCAGUUAGUGCACUUCAGGCUUUGAUCUCAUGUGAACCUUGUUCUCACUGUAUAGUGAUUAAAAUUCGUAAAUUGUUUAGCCAUCUUCUUGCAAGGAAUUUCUCUAUAAAAUUUUGUUGGGUCCCAGGCCAUGUUGGUAUAAGAGGAAAUGAAGAAGCAGAUGCAGCUGCAAAAUCAGCUAGUCCUCCACAGCACACAAUGCGUAUUGAAGGAGGUGAUUUCAAGCUAGUCAUUAAAAAACGACUAGCAGAGAGAUGGCAAAAUAUGUGGAACGCACAAGUCCACAAUAAACUGCAUGAGAUCAAACCUACGAUAGAAAAUUGGACACACAAGAAAUUUUAUAACAGGAGAUCUGAAGUUAUUAUUACUCGUUUGAGAAUUGGACAUACUCGGUUGACUCAUCAAUACCUUUUGAAGGGUGACGAGCAGCCAGUAUGCCAGUAUUGCAACUGUCCUCUUACUGUAAAACACAUACUGCUCGAUUGCUCUGUUUUUGAGACCAGGCGUAGGCAGCAUUUUGGAAAUGCAAAUUUUAAACAGAUUCGGGUCAGAGGCCCAAUUUUUAUGAUAUAUUAG